AGACCCUCAACCCCCUCCUCCCAGCAACGACGCAGCUGCAGCUGCAGAAACUCCAGCAGCAACUCCACCCCCAGCUGCAGCAGUAGUCGAUGAUAACAGCCCCGCGGCCCGCCGCCGUCGUCGGAUCUUCAUCCAGACAAAGAAGAAAGCCGAGUUCAUCCAUGACAUCCUCGUCAAUCUAGACAUGUUAAUUUACGCCGAGCUGUGCUUCAUGUAUUACAACGACUGCUCACUCUUCCGCUUCCUCCUCCGCUCAAUAACCCAACUCGUCUUCCUCUCCCCCGCCGCCAAGCCCCCACCCAUGCCCGGCCCACGCCCCUUCAUCCCCGCCCUCCUCUCCACAAACAUGCUCUGCGUCUUCCUCCACCUAGCCACUGCGCGCCCUUCCGGGUCGGAGCUCACGCGAGGCUACUUGCACGGGGGGAUAAUAGUCGAUUUUAUCGGGCAACGCGCGCCGUCUACGAAAGCUGUGUUAGUGGGGCUGGAUAUCUUGAUACUGGUACUCCAGCUUGUAAUGCUGUCUGUGCACGUUGAAGAAGCGGUGCUGAAAGCUGCGCUGGCGAAUCGCGAUGGGAUGACCGCUUAUAUAGCCGGAGGCGGCACGGGGGUUGAUCCUGCGGAGCGGGAUGCUGUGGAUCUGGAAAUGGGUACGGGUACUCCGGGCGGGGAGAUGGGGAUGGAGAUGGGGAUGCAGGAUUUAUCAGCCCCCGAUGGCGCGGGCGCGGAGGAACGCGAUGUCCUCCUUGCGGAGAGGAUGAGGCGCGCAGAAGAGGGAGGGGAUGCAGGGGUCGUAGAUGCGUUUUAUACGGGGAAUGUGGUGGUGGGGACGUUUGAUGUGGUGGGGACUAAGGGUGUAUGA